AUGGACGCUAUCAGUGGACAAGACCUCAACGGCGUUUUCAAAGGCGCCAACUUGGCUGUGGCUGCUCUUUCCUUCAUUAUCGGUAUCUAUAUCAUCGGAUUCGGUGCCGUCCUAGGUCUACUCGAAUUCCGUGUUCCCAGCGAGGCCUACACGUAUGGCCUGUUCCUCUUUUCCUUUAUCGGAAGAGGCGUUUUUUACACGCUUAUCGGCGCCAGCAUAAACGGAGCGCUGUGGUUCCGUCUCUUUGCCGGCAUCUUGAUCUUCGUCAUUGGUUUGGUGUACAUUGCCUUGGAGGCUGUGCCCAGCAUCUCGCCACCAGAAAAUAUGAGCCCAGAGGGCAUCUCCAUCGGUGUCCAGGACGAAGACGUCGUUUAA